GUCCGGGAUCCCAAGGCAGCUCCUGGAAGUGCGGGCAACAUGUUAGCAGCCAUGUCAACACUUUACGUGGACUGCACCAGUCUGCCGGGUGAAUGGGACUCAGCGGAUGAGAUCCGCAAUCGACUUCGAAGCAACCAGCAGUUGGUUUCGAACGAUGGUGGCAAGGAUGUCAAGAUCCAACGCUGCGUGGCAAACUACGAUGUCCUGAUACCCAUCUUGACACAGAUUGGGUGUGGCUGCCGUCUUGCUGAGAUCGAAGGUCUUCGAGAAGCUGUAGGAAAUGUCUAUGCCAGGAACCAGCGUGAACCAACUACUGACAUAGUUGAUGAUGACGCUUGGUCGGUUCGUGACAUGGUCUUCUUCGUCAAGCGCAAGACCCAGCGACAGGAGGAUCCAGUCUUUCAGUCCCUGUGCCUUCUGGUCAAUCCGAGUCUCGAGGGGCUGGUGGAUGAUGUCAACGCCAAGAGACGAAAGCUUGGGAAAUACGCGGGCAAUGAAGAUCAGCCGCCUGCCCCGGAAUCUGUGGACACUGCUGCUGAUCCACCAGUCGCUGAUCCACCAGCAGCCCCAGUUCCCAAAGAUUCCAUGGGUUCGGCUGAAAAGACUCCCAAAACCACAGGUGAUACCAACAAGGGUCCCAUGGCUACUGGUUUCAAAGUUGCAACCCCCCAGCAAAAGGUGUUACCAAAGGCAUCUCCAGCAGCUGUUGCGCCCCCCAGUGCUCCUUCCAAAGAGGGUAGCGUGCCAGCGAAAGCAUCACCUCACCAGCCAGGAAGUGUGGUGGCUGACGCUGCUGAUGAUGUGCAUGCAGCUUUGGCACAGAAGAAAGCCUUGCUCCUACAGAUCCAGCAGAAACGAUUGAGUCUGAAGGCUUCACCUGCACUGCCAACGGGGCCCCCGGUUGGGAAACUUGUGCUGGGCCGAGGACAGUCUGUCCCAAUCUUUGGUGAUGACGAUAUGGAGACUUUUCCCAUGGCAGAGGAUGAAGCUGCCAAUGUGGCUGCUCGGGAGGCUACCAGCCCUACGACAACUUCUGGCCCCAAAGGUCAUGAAGACUUGGCAACUGACAGCCCAUCCACCAAACGUGCGAAGUUCCAGAAAGCCAUCCCCAUUUCAGAUGAGUCUAUGGUGGCUCCCACUGAGAUUGACCAGACACCCGCUGGAAACCGUGAUGGUCGUGAUGAACCCAGUGCUGACAAUGAUCAACCCAGUGCUGGUGGUGAAGCACGUGAUGAAUUCGGUGAUGAACCAGUUGGUGGGUCCGAUGCUACUGAGUACUAUGAGGCAGAGUCUGAUGGCGAGAAGCAGCAAUCCGUGCCUCCAUCUGCACCAUCUGCCGAGGAAGUAUUCAGUCGCCGUGAUCAACUUUCUCUUCGGUCUUCCAAGAAGGAAGCCAACAAGGAGAAGAAGGAGAAAGGCACGAGAUCUAAGAAGACCAAGGACAAAGACCAGGAGACUGACAAGGGCAAAGUGACUGACAAACGGACGCAGCGCAAGAAGAAGGACAACACACCGAAUACCAGCAGCAGGUCAUCCAAGAAGUCAGAGGGGAAGCCAGCAAAGCGAAAGGCCGCUGAGAAUUCUGAGCCAGAGAAGACGAAACCCAAGAGGUCUCGUGCAUCUUCUUCUUCAAAGGCUUUGCCAUCAGAGCCAAAGGUGAAGAAAGUGAAGCAAUCCAAAGCUGAUCAGACCACCAACCAGAAGAAGCGCCAGGACAAGACUGAGUCAGACCAGGCAUCCAAAAGAAGGAAGUCAUCAGCAGCCAAACCCAAAGAUGUCGAGUUGGACAAGUUCGUCACUGAGCAGAACGGGAUUGCCCAGUGGAUCAACAACACGGGCAUUGACUACAACAAUCCUGACCUUGCCGACUUCAAGAAGAAAGUGAGGCGGGUUCUGACCAAGUUUGAGUUCUUUGCCCCGAAUAUCUACUGGACCACCUACAAGUGCGGCUUGACCAUGUGGCAUGGGGACGGUGGCAAGUUGGACGUUGCAACCUUCAGCUUUGACAAAGACCAGCGCUCAACUUUGAUCUCCAUUGCUUGCGCAGAGCUCCUAGCAGCACGUGCAGAAGAAUCAGCUGCAGUCACCGAGGAGGACUUCUACCAGGAGGUCGAUAUGCUCAAGGUCAGCAUGGAUGGCUCCUCGCCGCGGAAAGCGGCCCAGCAUCUCACAUGCCCGGCGAGCCCGGCAAAGGAGUUUCUUCUUAUUAUCUUGCUGGUGGUUUGGACGGAAGGUCUCUACGAACUUGGUCAGGUGUAUGAUUGGCUGGAGUUCUUUGCAGGCAAUGCAGCUUGCACCACCUUUGCAAGGUUUCCCGAGCUAGCUGGCACAUGGCUGGGUUUGGAGCUGAUCUAUCCGGACCCCUUUGGCCUCGCCAUCUCGGAGAUCAUCGAUGACCUCAAGCGGUGCAAGUUUGGGUGCCCUGACCUCCCAGACCAGGUGCCAAAGGCGGUGGAAUCCUUUAAGGAAUCCAAAUCUGGCAAAGACUCGGGUCUUUUUGACCAUGCCGAUUUAGAGGCAGUUUUUCGAUACUUGCGAAAGUGUACCAACCUUCAAGUCCCCAAAGAUUGGGAAGAGCUAGUUCCCAAAAGGCUGAGUUUUGCCGACGGCAUGUCAAAAUCUUCUGUGGGUUUGAGCUGUGGCACUUUAGUCGAUGGCUAUGGUGCGGUUACAGAAGAGGAUGAAGAGCUUGAAGCGCAGCAUGAGGCUAGCAAUGCCACAGAGACCAACCAGGCGACUGCUGAACUUGAGACGCAGCCAGGGGAUCCCUUUGGACAACCAGUGGCGGACUCUCAAGAUUGCCAAGAGCAUGAUGGAGCUGAGACACCGCCUGAGGUCGUUGCCGAGCAUGGUAAUCCUCAAGAGGAUGAACCACCUGUUGGGGAAGAUGCUGACGAAGGUGAUGCGAAGGGUGAUCAACAAAGAGCUCAGGGAAAGGGGAAGAGGUUUCGACGUCCACUCACCAGACGUGAACUCCUCCGGAAUGCUGCCAAGGCACGCAUCCGGAGGAUGAUUGCUGAGAAGAAACGUAGAUCUGACCUCUGUGCACCCGCAAUGGUCAAGGAACAGUGGGAGAAGGGCACGAAAGAGAAGGACGAGAUGGCUCAAUUGCUCCAGGACACAAACUGGGACAAGGAGCUAUUCUUUACCCAGCUGGAAUUGGUCAUUCGCAAGAAGAUGAAGGUCAAGAUCACACGCAAUGAGGGCUGGUAUAGCGAACUUGAAUUGAAGAAUGAGUUGAAGUGGAGCACGCAGCGCAUUGCCGGUGUCAAGAAGGUGUGCGAACAGUCGCCCAAGACCCACAUCAGGUCCAACAGAUAUGAUGGAAUGCAAGAGUACUGGGUGGUGAUCCGGGAGUCGGCUGAGCAUACUGAAAGCAAGACCCAUGAAGAGAGUUACCGUGAGAACAAGAAGGUGGCUCCCAGUGACAUGCCUGCAGCAGACCCAAACGCUUUUCAAGGCAUUGACAAACACCUUGAACGAGAACAGCAGAUUGAAGCUGCUGCGCCCGAAGAGACCGUUUCUGCUCAGAUCGAGGCCGGUUUAUGGCCGAUCAAGACCUUGGAGGACAACAUUGCCAAGGUUGAUGCCCAGUAUGAGAUCAUGAUUGACUUGAUGGCCAAGGGAGAGAAUGAUGGCUUCACUGCCGAGAGCGCCAAGAAGUUUUACGACAAGUCCACUGCUGACGGUGCCGAGGAUCCCCCUAAGACGCCUAAAACCCCUGGUGCCAAAGGCCCCACCAAGACUGUCAAGCAGAAAGGUGAGGAGGAAGCUAAGAAGCCGGCGCCCAAAAGUGCCGGACCAAGCCUGCGACGAUGGAUGCGAGACGUUGAAGCUGGUCCUUUUCCAUGGCCUGUCCCAGCAGUGCGAAAGGAUGUUGAGAUGACCCCCAAGGCCCCUUGCAGCUCUACAAUACGAGCGGCCCGGGCAGUGAUUGAAGAAGUCCCCAGUGCUCUAGAGCGCACAUGUGCUGUAGUUCUGCAUGGAGACGAAGGCCGUACGAAGAAAAAAUCUGCAAUCAUGGUUUUGAAUGUCAGUAGCCUUUUGGGGUUUGGGAGCAACGUGAAGAACCGCAGGGCUUCCCUUGAGACUGACUAUGCAAAGCAAGACAUCAACUUCACCGGAAACACUUGGGCAACACGGUGGCUACUGGGUGUCAUGCCUAAGGGGCUGUAUGAUCCCAAAAAAGGUGAUGCGGAGGCAUUUGACAGGAUGUCCCAAGCACUAGUUGACGAUAUGAACCAACUCAUUCAAACUGGUGCCCUCUCAGUCAAAGGUGAGAAACAUUGGCUGGUGGUUCUUUAUGUGACUGGCGAUUGGCCUUUCCAUCAAAAGUCUUUCCACUUGGGCCGUACAUUUGGUUCAGUUGCCAAGCAGCCGUCUUCAAAGACGGCGCCUAAAGGAAUCUGUCACAAUUGUUGCGCAGAUCAGGACGGCUAUCCUUUUGAGGAUUUUGAAAGCCCCGAACCCCGGUGGAGAACUACAGUUGGACUAGAUCCACCAUUCCUUCAAGACCCAGUGUUCUUGCAGUUGCCGCAUGAUCAGGCGAUGCCAACUUCAAUGAUCGGCUUAGACCUAUUUCACGGCUUUCAUUUGGGAGCAGGCAAAGUAUUUUGCUCUUCAGUUUUGGUCUUGGUUAGUGAGAUCCUUGAAGGCUCUUCAGUAGCCAAAAGGUUUGAAAGCUUGCAUGACUUGUUUUUUCGCUGGUGUCAACUUCGAAAUCAACAUCCUUACAUCAAAAAGCUUUCACAGGAGACUGUCAAGUGGAUACAGACAACUGACUUUCCAAGUGGUGCCUGGUCAAAAGGUAGUACAACUCUUUGCUUGCUUCGUUUCAUCAUUGAAACAUGCAGGGAACACGAAAACGAGAUUGAGGACACUUUGCUUCACACUUGCUACAUUGCCGCUGUUGAAAUUGACAGUUUCUUCUCCAAGAUUUACAAAGAAGGUGUUUGGAUUCCAGGUGACAAGGCGCGAGAAAUUGCUGCGCAUGGUUUUGCGUUUCUCAAGUUCAAUGGUCGUGCUGCGCGUGCGGCGUUUGAGGAAAACAGGGCUCUACUGCCAUUUAUGCCCAACUUGCACCGGCUUCAUGAAAUCUUCUUUCUUAUGGUUGAUCAAGUGAAAACGGCUGGAUUUUGUCUCAGCCCAUUGGUGUGGAGCUGUCAGUUAGCUGAAGAUUACAUCGGCAAACCAAGCCGUUUGAGCAGACGCGUUAGCACGCAAUUGGCUGUGACGCGGACCCUUCAAAGAAGCCUUGAGGCUACGCAUGUGCACUUUAGA